GCGAAGGAAUUUGUUCUUUGACCGGGGAGGGAGGGAGGGAGAGAAAGAGAGAGAGAGAGAGAGAGCUUUCGCACAACUUCUGCUUUGUAUUGGACCAUUUUGAAGAGAGCGAAGGCCCAAGGCUUCCUUUCUUGCGUGGGCUUUAUUUCUGAAGCUUCUUCAGCCACUUUCCCGUAGGGCGCCUUUUGCUUUGCUGGACGGUCUGGCGAGUCAGCGAACGAGCGCGCUCCAGUGGGGAGCUGAGGCUGAAAGGUUACUGGGUCCUGGAGGGAUGACUAUAACCAGCCAAUUUUGCAAAUAUUUCUGUCACAGGAAAUGUGAAUCAAAGGGUUCCAGCAGUUUUUUAAGAAAUUCAUCUCUCCAUUGUGACAAAAUAUCUAAAAGUACAAAUUUUGACUGUAUUAUGGAGGAAAAUUAUGAACUGGACCUCACUUACGUUACUGAAAGAAUCAUUGCAGUAUCAUUCCCAGGAAACUGCUCAGAGGAAAUUUAUCUAAACAACUUCCAAGAUGUAAUUGGUAUGCUUAAAUCCAGACAUGGUGGCAACUACAUGGUACUGAAUCUCUCUGAAAGAAGAUAUGAUUUUGCUAAGCUUGACCCAAAGAUUAUGGAAGUGGGCUGGCCUGACUUCCAUGCCCCAUCCCUUAAUAAGAUAUGCAACAUCUGCAAGGCUAUGGAAUCCUGGCUGAACAGUCACCCUCAACACGUUGUGGUGAUCCAUUGCCGAGGUGGAAAAGGAAGAAUAGGGGUAGUGAUCUCCUCAUACAUGCACUUCACAAAUCUAUCUGCAAGUGCAGAUCAAGCCCUGGACAGAUUUGCAAUGAAGAAAUUUUUUGAUGAUAAUGUUUCUGAUUUAAUGCAACCAUCCCAGAAAAGAUAUGUGCAGUUUUUGAGUGAUCUUCUCUCUGGAUCGGUAAAAAUGAACACAAACCCUCUAUUCUUACAUUAUGUUAUUCUGCAUGAAAUCCCAAACUUUGGUAUUAGUGGAGGUUGUCAACCAUUUCUGAAAUUGUAUGAGGGCAUGCUGCCAGUUUAUACAUCAGGAGUAUAUAGCACAGGGCUAGAGAAGCAAAGCAGAGCCUGCAUUGCAAUUGAACCAGCCCAGCUAUUAAAAGGAGAUAUAAUGCUCAAGUGUUGCUGUAAAGAGUACCAGUAUGGCAUUCGGAGUAAUGUUUUCCGUCUGCAGUUUCACACAGGCGCUGUUCAAGGAUAUAGCCUAAUAUUUAACAAAGAAGACUUGGAUGAUGCAAACAAAGAUGAUCAUUUUCCUGAAAAUGGAAGAGUUGAAUUGAUAUUUUCGAGUUCCCCAGAAAAAACUCCAGUGCUGCACUCCCAUGGUCCGAUUGAUGGCAGCCUUUAUGCUAAGGUGAGGAAAAAAAGCUCGUCUGAUGCCAGCAUUCCCAGCAGAAUCAAAGGUGCCACAAAUAAUAACUCUGAUCAUAGUGAUCAUACCCUAUCUGUGAGUAGUGAUUCAGGACAUUCUACAGCUUCUGUAAGGACAGAAAAAACUGAGGAACAUCCUCCAGGAAUAAAACGAAUCUUGAGUCCCCAGGAAAAGGAAGAACUUGAUCAAUUGCUUAGUGGCUUUGGCCUAGAGAACUCAAUCAUUCCGCUCAUGGAAAUGACUGAUGCCCAAAGCAAAUAUAGUGGGACCUGCCACAUAGUGCCAGCCCAAGUUCAUGUGAAUGGAGGUGUCAAACACAAGGAAAGGGAGACAGAUAUUCUAGAUGAUGAGAUGCCCACUUAUGAUCUUCACAGCUUGGAUAGUUUUGGAACAUUGUCUUCCUCUGAAGGUCAGCAGUCUAACCACCUUGGGAAUUUGAGCUGCCAUAAGAGUUAUCAGAAUUCCCCCCUGUCAGAUGGCUUUGGAAGUAAUACUGGAGAGGAACAUCAUAACAUUCUGGCUGCAGAUCUGGGAAUUAAUUUUGACUCUAUGUAUGAAAGGUCCUUUGGAAGGAUUGAUACAAAAAGUUGUCAGCAGCUGUCAAAGAAUCCUCCAGUUUCCACCCAUCCAUCCUAUAAUGCCAGUAGCUAUUCAACCCAGACAUGGGUGCGCCAACAACAAAUGGUAAUUGCUAAUCAGUAUAUCAAUACUCCAGAGAAUGAAGUUGGAUUUGGUAUUCAUAAUAUAGUUGCAAAUGUGGGCAACCUGGAAAAUCAAGCCAGAGUUCCAAAUACACUUCUCCAAAGUUCCAGCAGUAGAAGUGAGGUACAAAGGAGGCUUGGGAGUAUAUCAUCUUCUAGUAAUGUGGUUGAAACAUCUGAACCAGAGGUUUCUAAAUUAAGAUUUCUCUCUGAAAAUGGUGGAAAUAACAAUGAAUUGAAACAGAAUACAAGAAGCAGUGCUGGAGUUUUGCCAUCUUCACCAACUUUGGAUAUUGAUCAGUCAAUUGAACAGCUAAACAGACUAAUUUUGGACCUGGACCCAACAUUUGAGCCGAUUCCUACCCGCAUCGGUGCUGCCACCAGGGAUUCAGAUCAACUGAAUGACUUGGUCAGUCAUCAAAGAGAUGAAGAAAGGCUUGGGAGGGGCUCUAGGUUCCGUGUGAAAACUGAAGUCUCUAACAUAAAUUCAUCUCAGCAGGGUUUUCAAGAUGAUGGCAUAUUAAAUGGAAAAAACAAGAAGUUAAAUCCUGAAUCUUAUGACAAUGAUAUCUCAACACAGUCAAUAUGCAGAAAGUAUAGAUGGACAAAAUCUGAUGUCCCUGACCAUUCUUUAGGACAGGACUUCUUAGCCUCUGCAGUAAAAACCAAAGAGAUGGGUAUUGUAAGUUAUUUGGAAAACCCAAAUGAAGAAGAUGGAAAAAUUUUCUCACCCAGCAAGAAUACAACAGUUCCACUUACUCCAUCAUUUCCUGUAUCACCAGAGGCUACCUAUGUUAAAACUCCCUUGCAAUACCAACAACUGAAUCCAACUGAUCGUGACACCUAUGUCCCAUCAGAGAAUUGCAGAACUGAUUUUGGUAAGAGAAUCAGUUGAACUUUUCAGUAA